AUGAGAUGGACUGCUGUGUUAUGUAAAGUGUCAAAGGUUCCUACACGUAGUGUUAUUCCCGCGGAUGCACUCCGUUAUCAUCCCCGAUAUUCGGUGCCUCGAAAGAUGGUCCUGAGCAAUACUUUUAAUGUUGUGGGCGAAAACAACAGGUACACUUCUCUAAAACUCAUUUUGGAAAAACUCAGUGGGCACGUCGGUCGGAGACAAUACAAAAUGCUUUGUAACUUGGAAAAGCACUACGACAAACUGAAGGAUGAGGGUAUUGAUUGGCAUGAACUCAAGUGGUUGAGCCGUGAGGAACUUAUUGUACUUUUCGAUAAGGUGUUGCAUCUCACACGCACGGAACGCGCGGCUCUCCUUCCCGCAAUUGAAGCGAAGGUGUGUGGCGUCCUCCGGCAAACCGACUCAAGGCACUCCACCGUCGUUUGUAUGAAUCGAGGAAAUGCAAAUCAUGGAUGGCGUUGUGGACGUAAUGGACAUACCAAUGAUGUUUACUUUGAGGGAAAGGCGAAAGCAAAUACCGCGGCACUUCAGUUGUGUAGGCGAUCAUCUGUUAGGAGUGUUGAGCGGUCUGGUGUACUUGUGGAGGUCCGUUCCGAGCCGGAUUUCUCUGUUGUUGGUCGCUUUGAUCAUUCCCUCAGCCCGCGUGUUUGGAGCACACCGGAGAAUCCAACUUUUCAAGUAACUACAAUUGGAUAUGAGUUUCGUGUCCACCGGGAGGAUCCACGCGUGAUUCCGCAAAUUGUGGAGGCGGCUGAGGAAUGGGAACUUCAUGCAAAUAUCACAAAGCAGGUUAUAUGGGAAAUGUUAGAAAUGUAUGCCGUGGAAAGGGACCGGCAACCACUCGAUCUGAAACCAGGUGAAAUGGGUGAUCCCGACAUUCCCAGCCGUCACGCAACAGCUUUUAACGUUCAAGUUGUGCCGCCGUCGUCUGCGGGUGAUGAAGCGAUACAAGUGGUGGAGCAGCGGAUUGUGCGAGCAGAUGGAAGCGAAGUGCCAUGGUUUCAGGAGCCGCCUCCACAACUGUUUUCUGGUGGUAUUCCUGUGAUUUUACCAUUUGCACCGUCUAUUAUCGUAAAAAGUACAUUCCGCCAGGUAACUCGGUCCUCAGCGCAGGACGUGACGCGUCAGUUAUUGCAACCAGUUGUUGAUGUUACUUGUUUUCUUCACCCUAAUGUUUGUUUUUGGUGGAAUGCAGAAGAUGAACAGCGAUGCCUCGGUCACAUUGUUGACUACGCCAAACGUAUUCCCUUUGCAUUACCCUUCAAUCUCUAUUUCCGUGUGAAUCUCUCAAAGGAUUUGCGUGGUGUACAAAACUACACGGAAGAGUUGGGGAAGCGGAUGAGUAUGAAGGCCCAUUAUUUCAACCUUCGAAGUUAUGGAGUGCGAUAG